AUGCUCGACGGAACUUCGUCCGUGCUAGCUCACAGAUUGCAGAAUGCCAGCCUGUUGCUCCUCAGCCUCGUCUUCCUCCCCUUAGACACGUUCGUUCUCAUAUCUUCUUUUUUGGUUGCCUUCAUCUUCCCAAGCCACGCAGGCGGCACUCCUCGACAAUUUGAGAGCGCCACUGGUCGCAAUUCUCGAAAGAUUCUUGUCACCGGGGUGGGUAUGACCAAAGGUCUCGUGCUGGCUAGAUCAUUUUACGAAGCUGGACAUGUUGUUGUCGGGGCCGAUUUUGAGCCAAAUGGGGCUCUUGUCUGUGGGCGGAUGUCCAAGUCACUGCGCAGGUUCUACACUCUCCGAAGCCCAACGACGAAGUCCGGCUCCGCUCCCUACAUUCAGAGCUUACUGGACAUAAUCACGAAUGAAAAGAUUGAUCUCUGGGUCAGUUGCUCGGGUGUGUCGUCUGCGGUUGAGGAUGGCAUGGCGAAGGAGAUCGUUGAAGGUCGAACGGGCUGUAAAGCUAUCCAGUUCGACGUCGAGACCACGCAGACGCUGCAUGAAAAGCACACCUUCAUCGCUCACACAAGGGACAUCGGCCUCAAUGUCCCGGAGACGCACGAGAUCCGCAGCCGCGCCGAGGUUGAAAGCGUCUUGCGCAACGCCCCUCCUGGACGUCGGUACAUCAUGAAGACGGUAGGAGUAGACGACGCUGCCCGUGGGGACAUGACGCUGCUCCCCAAGAGCACGCCGAUGGAAACGUCCAAGCACCUUGCGAAGCUGAGGAUCUCGGCUGAGUCGCCCUGGAUCCUGCAGCAGUUCGUGAAGGGCAGAGAGUACUGCACGCAUUCGCUCGUGGUCAACGGGCAAGUGAAGGCGUUUGUGGCCUGUCCGUCCGCAGAGCUCCUGAUGCACUACGAGGCACUCGACCCUACUUCUGCACUCAGCGAAGCAAUGUUGGCGUUCACCAGGAAAUAUGCUGCCGUUGGCGGGCCGGCUUUCACAGGACACCUGUCUUUCGACUUUAUGGUGGAGGACGACGACCGAGUUCUGAAAGCCGCAGACGUAACGCUCUAUCCGAUCGAAUGCAAUCCACGAGCCCACACCGCUGUGGCGCUGUUUAAUGGUACGACCACCAUGGCCGACAGCUACCUCUCUGUCUUGGACAAGGGUCCCACUACACGAAGCUCAAACGUCGUCCGACCACUUUGUAACGACAAAUAUUAUUGGAUCGGUCAUGACUUGGUGACGCGAGUGUUCGUUCCAACUCUCGAAUUUCUGUCGCUUCAAAGUACGGUGCGAGAUCUUAUGCGGAACUACAUCGACUUCUUCACCCAUCUUCUGACCUGGAAAGAUGGGACGUACGAGGUCUGGGACCCCUUGCCCUGGUGGUGGCUGUAUCAUGUUUAUUGGCCGACGAAAUUCUGGUCUUGUAUCUGGACUGGCUCGAAAUGGAGCCGGAUCAACGUCAGUACGACCAAAAUGUUUCAAUGCUAG